UUACCCAAUUCUUUAAGUUUGAAUAAUUUUAAAGCGUUUUUGUUGUGAAAAUGCCUCUCGAUGAAGAUAUUAUUGCUUUUAAGAAGUGGGCGAAUCAAAUUGGCGUGCCAGCAAAUAAUCUCCCCUCGGAUGAUGCCUUGAAAUCGGUCUUGAAGUCACGUCAGGGUGGCGAUAUCAUGUUAAACCUUAUGAAGCGGGUUCGACCAAGCAAUCAAACACGGAAAGCGAGACUAAAUAAUUUACUAUCCAAAGCAGAGCAGUUAGAUCAGCAAUUUGCUUCUUGCACAUCACAAACUCUAGCCAGAUCCUUCCUUCCAAAGGAAAUGCAAAGAUAUUGCGAGAUGGAGAAGUUGAAGAAGACCAAGGAAAAAUCAGAGUCUAAAAUAACAGAGUUGAGAAGCUCAUACGACAGUAUUAUGUCGUCAGUGAGAAAUAAAAAUCUUUAUAAAAUACAAUUGCAACAUAAGUUGGAAAAUAUGAAUGCAAAAACUAAUAUUCUUGAAGUUAAAACCGAUUCCUUGGUCGAUUCCAUCGAAAAGGAAGAAGCGAAUAGAGAACGUAUGAUUGCCGUAAUGCCUGUAAAAAUGAAAACUUCAAAUUCAAGUGAAUCCACUGCAACUGAUGCGAUGAAGCAAGCAAUGGGCGUCCUGCGCGAUUUUUAUGAUUCACACCAUAAUGAUUUCAAAGUUCAUGAUAGCGAAUGUGAUAUUUGGGCAAAAGUGCGAAGAAUUCUUGCAGACAUUCCCAAUUGGGUAUUAUGGAAUGUUAUUCUCAAAGCCAAUGAAAAUCUAUCCCAACAAAUUAUCGCUCUCACAAAGGAAAACUGCUCGGAAACAUCUUCUAUACCGGAACAAUUUUCACCUUUUGAGGUAGAAAUAUUGAAAGCUAGAACUGCCUUUUUCAAUAUUAUUCAAAAGUAUGCCGCUGAAAAGCAAGAAUCAACUAAAUACAGUGAGAAUUUCCCCGUGGUACAUGAACGAUUUGUAACUGCGCUCCAACUGCAACUGAGUGAUUAUGCGGCAGGCAACAAGGCUCUCGAAGAUAUCAUGUCUGACUACAUCGUAAAAAUAAACACACAAUCAUUUAGCAAAGGACAGGUGGAAUAUCUGAAAAAGGAAAUCAAUUCACGUAAAGCACAACUAGCCAAUGGAAAACAGAAGACUGAAGACCAUCAGAUGCUCCUGAACACAACAAGACAAAUUUAUGAUGAAAUCAGCUCACUCGCUAAUAGAAUCUUUCAGGAGAUUUCUAGUCUUGGUGAAAUCAAACCGAAAAUUACUUAUUCAAAGAAGAUCCUGCAGUGUAUGCUGAAGGCUGCACGCAGUAAUAAGAAAAAACUAAUAAAAACUGGUAAUAUUACUGACAGUUUUGAAAUGUCGGAUGUUUUGUGCAGCACGAAAAUGGAUUUGGAAAGUUCAAUUGCAAACACAACUUUAAGGUCAGAAACGAGUGUGAUGAAAAACAAGGUGAAUCAAGUUGCACGACAUGUUGACGAAUUAUUGAUAUUCAUUGAUCUACCAAUGGAUAAUCUACGCUAUUCAACUAAAAAUUGUUUCUUCUACAUUCAUCGGAAUCCUCUUAUUACCAACACUUCAGAAUCGCCACUUGUCCUCCAACUAAUUCCAAAUUAUCUAUCCACACCAUAUGGUUCAAUCGAAGAGAUGAAAAUCUGGUUGAAAUGGAAUUCAGUCCUCCAGAAACACGCCGUGGAUAGAAAGUCAAAUAUCGUGGUUCCUGAAGCUAGCCUAAGUACAUUGAAAGCCUGCGCCGCUGCUAAGGGAGAAGAAAUUGUCGAAUUGCUUGAUCAGAUAAAGACAACUGGAAUAAGAACAAAUCAAAAAUUGCGAAAACUAAGCAAAUGCUAUAAAUUUAUAUUAGAUAAUACUUUACAUAGUUUUGUACCUCAAUCUAAACUUUUUAAUAACAGGGCUUACGCUGAUUAUUACGCAGAAUUUCUGAUGUAUUAUCGUAUGUUAAAGAAAGACGAAUCCGAGAGUAAGUGAACGUUAGAUGAUAGGCAAAGGAUUUUAAUUAUAUAUAUUACCUAUAGAUGUAAAAAUCAAAAUAUAAAAUUUACAA